AAAUCAAAAAAGAAAAAAAAAUAAUCCCAGUCAAGUGCUCAAGUCAAUUGUUGAUCAACUCAUUCGGUCAGGCUGGAUGUGCUCAGCCCUCUUGCUUAGAUAUACCUUCUCCUUUCAAAUUAUUGUGCAAAAAUCCCAAACUCUCUCUGCAAAUCUUGCUUGUUUAAAAAAUUUGAGGAGUUUUGGGCAAUCCCUUUUGCCAUAUAGCUUUGCCAAUGUCUUUUAAUGCUGCUUUUCCUCAUAUUCUGUUCUUCUCUUCCCUUCUUUUUCCCCUCUUGGCUGUUUCUCAAGCUAAUAAUGUGACCUUGGGUACCCAUCUCAUAGCUGGCGAUGGAGGUUCGUGGACUUCACCUUCCAAGGACUUUGCCUUUGGGUUUCGUCGCCUUGAAGACAAUAAUUUCUUCUUGCUCUGCAUCUGGUUCUACCAAAUACCAAACCAAACCAUCGUUUGGUAUGUCGAUGGUUUUGGUAACCCAGCUCCAAAAAAUUCCAAAAUUGAGCUUACAACAGGUGGCCAACUCCAGCUAACCAACCCCACAGGCCAGGAGUUAUGGAAGGCUGAAAUCAUUAAUUCCAGCAAGGUUGCUUAUGCUGCCAUGCUCGACAAUGGCAACUUCGUGCUUCAAAAUAAGGAGUAUCAUCACAUUUGGGAGAGCUUCAGCAAUCCUACAGACACCAUAUUGCCUGGACAGAUACUGCAAGUGGGUGUCAAUCUUUCUUCUCGGCUGACGUAUACUAACUACUCACAGGGAAGGUUUCAACUCCAAUUGGUCCUAGGUGGAAAGCUCCAGAUAAAUCCUGUCGCCUUGCCGUCUUAUACCACCUACGAUCCUUACUUCACCAUUGAGGCUAAUCCCCCUGAAAAUCGUUCGACGUUGGUCUUCAAUGAAUCAGGCAGUCUUUAUAUAAAGAGAAGCAACGGAAGCAUUGAAGAUCUCUCACCAAUCGACACAUACCCAAUUGAUGAUUUCUAUCACAGGGCGACCCUUGAUGUUCAUGGAGCAUUUUAUCUUUAUACUCAUCCAAGGUCUUCUGGUUGGGGUAGGGAAGAAUGGUCCAUUGAGAAAUCAUUUCCUGGUAAUGUCUGUGACAUUACUGGGGGCCUAGGCAGUGGUGCUUGUGGGUUUAAUAGCUACUGCAGAGCUGUUAAUGGGAUUCCCGUAUGUGAAUGCCCACCUGAAUACUCCCAAAUUGAUCCAAAUAGCAGUCUCAGUGGCUGCAAACCAAAUAUCCCACUCGUAUGUGAAGAAGAUGAAUCUGGUUUCCCUGAGGCUCUGUUUGAGUUCACGGAAUUGAAUAGCACAGAUUGGCCAUUGGCUGAUUACGAAAGGCUUGAGCCCGUUAGUGAAGAGGAAUGCAAGAAUUCGUGCUUGCUUGACUGUUACUGUGGUGUUGUUAUUUAUAGAAACGUGACAUGCUGGAAGAAGAAGCUUCCACUCUCCAAUGGGAGGUUCAGUGCAAGCGACACAGGGAAGGCUCUGUUCAAAUUAAGGCGUGCAAGUUCUUCAAGCACCAAGAGGAAAAAUCAGAUAAUAGUUAUCUUGGUUGGAUCAUUGGGUAGUUCUGCAUUUAUCAACUUCUUAUUGUUAUCUGGAAUUUGUUUGAUUGCUUUCUUUGUGUACCAAAAAAGACCGAAAAGAAGCAAGAAAGAUUUAACCAUUUCGGAGACUAAUCUACGAUCCUUUACAUACAAAGAACUCGAAGAAGCAACAAAUGGGUUCAAGGAAGAAUUGGGAAAAGGUGCUUUUGGGAUUGUUUACAAAGGUCUCUACCCAUUAGGCUCUCGAAAUCUGGUUGCAGUCAAGAGACUAGACAAGGUGGUUCAAGAAGGUGAGAAGGAAUUCAAAACAGAGGUAAAUGUGAUCGGCCAGACCCACCACAAGAAUUUAGUUCGAUUGUUUGGAUAUUGUGAUGACGGAUCUCACAGGCUUUUGGUGUACGAGUUCAUGAGCAAUGGCUCUUUGGCAAGCUUUCUCUUUGGACUCUCAAGGCCUCAUUGGGAUCAAAGAACCCAGAUUGCAAUUGGUAUUGCAAGAGGGCUUUUUUACCUACACGAAGAAUGUAGCACCCAGAUCAUCCAUUGUGAUAUAAAGCCUCAGAACAUACUUCUAGACGAUUUUUUCAGGCCAAGGAUUUCUGAUUUUGGAUUGGCAAAGUUGUUGAUGCCUGACCAGGUCUUAACUCUUACAGGCGUUCGAGGGACUAGAGGAUAUGUGGCACCAGAGUGGUUCCGGCGUACGCCGAUCACAGCAAAAGUGGAUGUUUAUAGCUUUGGUGUGAUGUUGUUGGAGAUUAUCUCUUGUAGGAAGAGUGUUGAGACAGCAUGGGAGGGAGAAGAAAAAGCUUUAUUAACUAACUGGGCUUAUGAUUGCUAUAGAGAAGGGAAAAUUGAAGAGUUGGUGGAGAAGGAUGAAGAGGCCAUGAGGGAUGAGAAGCGGCUACUGACUUUUGUGAUGAUAGCAAUAUGGUGUAUUCAAGAGGAGCCGUCUCUGAGGCCUACAAUGAAGAAGGUGUUACAGAUGCUUGAAGCAGCUGUUGCUGUUCCCUGCCCACCACGCCCUUUUCCCUUCAGCUCUUCCUGUUAACACCCCCCCCCCCCCCCUCUCUCUCUCUCUCUCUCUCUCUCACUAAUGUGUCCAUUCAUUCACAGCAUUGGUAGAGCCACUCCAAAUCUGCUUACAACACUACCAAAUUAUGGCCUAGUACAAAGAAAGUCUUUUUUUUUUGGUGUAGGUAAUUUAGUUGCUUGAGGAGGAGGACAUUAUAAAACUGUAUGUCUUAUAUUUAAAUUCAGUUAUGGUCAUAUAUUAACAAUGUGGGAUACCAUGCUUGUUA